AGAUAAGAUAAUUUACUCCUAACUUUUUACAUUAGUAGUGUGUGCUAGCACCGGGCAGUUCAGUUUUUGUAUUUUGUUCGGCCGUGCGUUCGUGUCUUAAUGAAAAUCUUGUUUUUCUUUCAUGGUGAUGUAUCAAAACAUCUUUUGUAAUUUUAUUGGUUUAUUCUCGUGAAACGAUAGUAUUCACGUAAACGUGUGGAAGAUAUAUUGUGUAACACAAUGGCUAUCUCUAGGCGUCAAAUAUUACGCCUUCUCAGGGUCCGCAAUCUUCUAAUGCUAACACUGAUAGCUCUACUGCUGUAUAUAGUAAAAUUACUGAACAACCUAGAUGCUGGCAACCAAUUUUCAAAUCAAGCUCUUGAAGUGAUCCGCGCACCGCUGAGGUUCCAAAAGGAUAAAGACCUUUUUGUACCAGCCAGUUUAAAUAAAAUUGACUGGCAUGACUAUGUUUUGUUAGAACAUGAAAGGAAACGAGUGGGAAUUGGUGAACAAGGAAAACCAGCAUUUUUGCCAAAAUCAGAAAGUGAACAUGAAAAGGCGUUGUAUUCUGUAAAUGGAUUCAAUGGUGCACUAAGUGACAAGAUUCCACUGAACCGUUCUCUUCCCGACAUUCGUCACAGUAAAUGUGCGACGCGGCUUUACAUUGCGUCUUUGCCUACUGUGAGUGUCGUGGUUCCCUUCCACAACGAGCAUUGGAGUACGCUGCUCAGGACUGCGUUUAGCGCGUUGCUACGUUCGCCUAGCACUCUCUUAAAGGAAGUGAUUCUAGUCGACGAUGCAAGUACCAAAGAUUUUUUAAAGGAGAAAUUGGAAGUUUAUCUGGCUGAACAUAUGCCAAAGGUGAAAGUCAUAAGGCUGGAGAAACGUAGCGGACUGAUCACGGCUCGUUUAGCUGGAGCGAAGAUAGCUACGUCUGAUGUACUAGUCUUCCUGGAUUCCCACACCGAAGCCAACGUCAACUGGUUGCCGCCACUACUAGAACCGAUAGCCUUGGAUUACCGAACGGUUGUCUGUCCGUUUAUUGACGUGAUUGCGUACGAUACGUUUGAGUACCGCGCACAGGAUGAGGGAGCCAGAGGCGCUUUUGAUUGGGAGUUCUUCUAUAAGCGAUUGCCUAUACUGCCUAAGGAUGAAAAGAAUAUGCCUGAACCUUUCGAGAGUCCCGUAAUGGCUGGUGGUUUGUUCGCAAUAUCGCGUAAAUUUUUCUGGGAGCUCGGUGGAUACGAUCCUGGAUUGGACAUUUGGGGUGGAGAACAGUACGAGCUAAGUUUUAAGAUAUGGCAAUGCGGUGGUCGCAUGGUAGACGCGCCAUGUUCCCGCGUCGGUCAUAUCUACCGCAAGUUCGCGCCAUUCCCCAAUCCUGGACAUGGUGAUUUUGUUGGCAAGAAUUACCGUCGUGUAGCCGAAGUAUGGAUGGACGAAUAUGCACAGUUCUUAUACGCAAGACGUCCUCACUACCGUAACAUCGAUCCCGGUGACAUCUCCGAACAGAAGGCGCUGCGACAGCGAUUACAAUGCAAGUCCUUUAGGUGGUUUAUGACGCAGAUUGCAUUUGAUCUAACAGUCAAGUACCCGACGAUAGAGCCGAAACCAUUCGCUAAAGGACGGGUGCGACCGGUAUCCAACCCAAAUGUAUGUAUAGACGCGCGCGACGGCGAGAAGCACGAUAGACUGCGCAUCACGGAUUGUGCCGACGUCGUCGAUCCUGAACAGAACUUCAUCUUCUCCUGGCAUAAGGAUAUCAAAGUAUCAUCUCGCAACAUGUGUUGGGAUCUCCCCGAGACUGCAUCAGAUAGUCCUAUAAAGCUGUUCUCAUGUCACCUUGGCGGUGGCAAUCAGUUGUGGAAAUAUCUAACCGAAACGAAACAAAUAAAACACGGCUCCGGCGAGCAUUGCAUAGAGUGGCGCCCUACAACUAGAGACCUUUUUAUCAACACCUGUGACUUGGCACGGGAAACCCAACGGUGGACAGUGGACUUCGUGGACAAAGAGAUGAUGGCCAAGUGGACCUUAGCCAAGACAAGAGUCACUGGACCUAUAGAGGAUCCCUAAUAAGUGCAAGUAAGAUCCCGUAUUUUUUUUGUAAAAGAUGUGAAAUAUUUCGUUGUGUGCAACAUUUUAUGUGUUAGUCUGUCUUGUUGGAUACAUUAUUCAAGGUGUUCUUAAAUAAACGCAUGGUCUUUUCAGUAUGUAAAUGGUUUUAGUAAAAAUAAAAAUUAAUAUGUAUUUUUAUUCAAGAUUAUGUGUUUAUUAUAUUACGCUUUGUGGAUAGGUAUAUAACCUUUAUUGGUAUUACAAACAGAUGAGGUAGAUUUCUCUACACAUUGAGUAUAUUAUGUCAGUUAUUACGUUAAAAGAAUUUUGUGUUAAUUUCAGUUUGGGGUAGCUUCAUGUGCUGCCGUCUAGACUUAUUUGUUUGGAAAUAAUAAAAUUUUACCAAAAAGUCUUUAUGUUUAGGUUCAAUAUUACUAGUCUAGCUUUGUAGGAUGUAAAUAGUUAGGUUUAUAGAACAUCAAUGUUGCCCGUGGUCGCAUUUAUACUCGGUAGCUAUGUGUUGACUUCGAUAUUAUGAAAUAAUAUACUUAAAUAAUAAAUAUAAGUAUGUAGAUGUAUAGAAAAAAA